AAAGAAGAAAAAGAAAAAGAAGAAGGAAAAGAAAAAGAAGAAGAAGAAAAAGAAGAAAUAGAAGAAGAAGAAUCAGGCGCAACUCGACCGUCACUUGAACUUGGCGCCAAAACUCCCCCACAACAAGACCACGUGCAGAGGCAAGGCGGCGACGACCCGGGCACCUCUCCUCCUCGUCUCCGCUCAAUUUCCUGUUUCAUGUGUGGUGGAGGCCUGACUGAGGGGUCGCGGAAGACCAUGCCGAGAAGGUCCCAAGCAGUGAACAACCGGCUGUCAACCAACAAUGUGGCAGCCAAGCCGGGCCGAGGGCGGGGCCGGAAGCGCACCCAGACAGAGAAGCCGGUCACCGAGGCCAAGAAAGUCAAACUUCAGCUUGAGGCACCCAAGGUUGAGGGCGGUGUGGUGCUGACGGUGGGCAUGGGAGAUAUCGGCCAACUGGGUCUGGGCCCGGAUGUGCAGGAGAAGACCCGGCCAGGCUUAGUGAAUCUCUCGGAGGACAUCGUGGCCAUAGCUGCUGGUGGCCUUCACACAGUAUGUUUGGAUAAAAAUGGAAAGAUACACACUUGGGGCUGUAAUGACGAGGGUGCCCUGGGCCGCCACACCGCCACGGAGGAGGAUGCCUUCACUAGUGGCGUGGUGGAGCUGGAUGCCAAAGUGGUACAGAUCUCCACCGGGGACUGCCACACUGCGGCACUCACAGAUGAGGGGAAGGUGUUUGUGUGGGGAUGCUUCAGGGACAACAACGGUCCGCUGGGUCUGCUGACGGAAGGCAAUGGACACAGGACUCCACAGCAGGUGUUGGCGGAUGUGCCCAUCAUCAAGGUGUCCUCAGGGAACAACCACCUGGCGCUGCUUGCCCAGGAUGGCCGGGUGUUCACCUUCGGCUGCGGAGAGUCUGGCCAGCUGGGGAGGAUUGCGGAGGUGUUUGCCACGAGGACCUCCAGAAACAGAAAUGGAAUACAGUCUCUGCUCGAGCCCCAGCCCCUCAAAGUGUACAGGAGGCGCAAGGCUGUGGCGUUUGAUGAGGUGUGGGCCGGCGGCUUGGCCACCUUCGUUCGGGCCAAGGACACCGGCGACAUAUAUGGGUUUGGCCUCAAUAACUACAACCAGAUGGGGGAUGAGGACAGCAACCUGAAAUUCCAGCCGGUGCUACUCAAGAACUUUGCCGGGAAGACCUGGAAGCAGAUCUCAGGGGGACAGCAUCACAGCCUGGCGCUGACGGAGGAUGGGGUGGCUCACUGCAUGGGCCGACGGGAGUAUGGGCGGCUGGGUCUCGGGGAUCUAAAGGAGGACAAGGUGAAGCCCACGCCCAUCCCCACCCUCGAGAGUCACAAGGCCACCAGCGUCUCGGCCGGGGAGUGCGUCUCGCUCGUCGUGGUGGAGGGAGGUCAGGUGUUUGGCUUUGGCAUGGGCACCAACAACCAGCUGGCCCAAGGAGAUGAAGAGGACCAGUUGGUGCCGGUGCCCUUGGGAGGCAAGCAGCUGGCUGAGCGGGCAGUGGUGGCAGCACAGGCCGGCGGCCAACACACUGUCCUCCUGGCCGUACCAAAGUGACGUCCAGGACAUUAGGCUAAUUAUUUACACCUUGUGGUGAUAUUUUAUAGUUGCCCCUUUACUUUAUCCUCCAUUUCCCAUAUUAAAUUAACUAGAAAUAUCCUCAUGCCCUUUGUAAUGAUGUCAGGAUACUUUUUCUUUUCAUUCAUAACUUCUUACCUAUCCAAAUGUCACAUUGCUUAUCCAUGCCCUCCCUCUCCCUUUGGAUUGUGUACUCCAGCAGUCUGGUAUGAGCAGACGUGUGCCACUGUGUGAGGUGACAGCACUGGGCGUGUGGCCAAUGUGUAAAGUGUCAAUUGUGUGUGUGCUUGUGUAGCGGAAGUGUUUCACUGGUCACUUGAUCCUAAAUGACGCCAGAGAUGAGGUGUUUCUGGAUUUUAAUAUCUUUUAUGUGUGAAUACUGAAAAUGUAAAUUUUAGUUAGUUUAAUUUAUUUUGUAGGAUAUAAGGUGUUAUUGGGUUUGCUUCUAAAGCCUAAGUUUGACAGCACAAGAGCUCAAGUUUUUGUUGCCUGAAAAGUGAAUAUCAGCUGUUGGUUUUCUAGAAUAAUUCAUUUUUUUUCCUUUUUGUUGUAUGAAAACUUUUAAUUUAAUUCAUAAUAGAGUACAAUAUUUCUGUGAUGUCAUGUACUGUGUUACAAGUGGUAACUCAGCCCUUGUAAUAAAGAUAUUUUCAAU